AUGAAAUUUUUACUAUGUUGUUCUUAUUCAUCGAUAGAUCUGGCUUCCGAGCUUGCAGUUGAUAAUACAGUAAGUUCCAAGGCAGAUUCAGAUACUGAGCUGAAAUUGUUAGAAAUUUCUUCAAUAAAAAAUACCUAUAUUAAUACUGCAAUUAAUAGAUUACAUCAAGCUGAGAGUGAUGCACGAAGUAUUAUAGCAAAAGCCAUGAACAAUCGUCAAGUAUAUCUUGAUAAAGCAAAAGAUGUAGCAUAUGAAAUUGUUAAACCAUACUAUGAUCUUGCAAGUGAAGAAAUAACGGAAAUUGAGAUGUCUCUUAAUAAGGAAUUACAUAUUAAGUCUCUUGAAGAUAUUGCAAGAAAAUUAGACUAUAAUGAAGAGGAUAUAAGUAGCCGCAAGGAGUGUGCUGCUUCAUACCUACUAAGUCAAGUUUGUACUGUGCAAUUUUCGAUAGAUAAUCCCAAUUUCAUUCAUAAAUAUUUUAAUAAACCAUUAAAAUUGCGUUCAACAAGUAUAAAGGAUAAAUUGAAAAAUCGGAGUAAGGGGAGAAAAACCAGUAAUGCUAUAAGCUACAUAUCUUCUACAAGUAAUAAUUUUUUAUCUAAAUCAGUAUCCAAUAUUUCGAAAAUAUUAAAUUAG